GAAGAAGGUAUCGUGAAGGAAAUAGACAUCAGUCAUCAUGUGAAGGAAGGUUUUGAAAAAGCAGAUCCUUCUCAGUUUGAGCUACUGAAAGUAUUAGGACAAGGUUCAUAUGGAAAGGUAUUUCUAGUGAGGAAGAUCAAAGGAUCUGAUGCGGGUCAGCUUUAUGCCAUGAAGGUACUUAAGAAGGCAACUCUGAAAGUUCGGGAUCGGGUACGAUCAAAAAUGGAGAGAGAUAUUUUGGCAGAAGUGAAUCAUCCUUUCAUAGUCAAGCUUCAUUAUGCAUUUCAAACAGAGGGAAAGUUGUAUCUAAUACUAGAUUUCCUGCGGGGAGGGGACCUUUUCACAAGACUCUCCAAAGAGGUGAUGUUUACAGAAGAGGAUGUGAAGUUCUACCUAGCUGAGCUGGCCUUGGCAUUAGACCAUCUCCAUGGUCUUGGAAUUAUUUACAGGGAUCUAAAACCAGAAAACAUUCUUCUUGAUGAAGAGGGCCACAUUAAGAUAACAGAUUUUGGUCUAAGUAAAGAAGCCAUCGACCAUGACAAGAGAGCGUACUCAUUCUGUGGGACAAUAGAGUAUAUGGCCCCAGAGGUGGUCAACCGACGAGGACAUACACAGAGUGCUGACUGGUGGUCUUUUGGUGUACUCAUG